CAAAAAAACAGAGUCAGACCUCCAUGAUUCCAUUAUAUUAUACCUCUCUCUCCAUUCCAAUUCCCACAACUGUUCAACAAAAUUCAAAAACACUCUCUACAUACAUAAUAGAGAGUGAGAGAGAGAGAGAGAAAUUUCUUUUUAUCAUAGACGGCGACAGCUCUUGCAGGCAGAAAUGGAUAGGCAACACAACAGAGGCCUCUCAGAAAAGCCAUUUUUUGGGGAUUUGGUAACGUUAAGUCAGUUCUUUUAGAGAGAAACAGAGAAAUUAAAGACAAACCAACAAUUUUUUUUUCCCUCGGAAGCGUUUUUCUAUGCUGCAGAAAGCUUGAUUUGUAACUGAAGGAGAUGAGGGAGAGAAAGAAAUUGAGCAGAUAAUAAUCACAGACACAGUCUGUUACAGAAAAAAAGCAGAAAAAGGAAACGAGGGUGGGAAAAAUAAACUUGUACGGUUAAUUAUGAUUGCUUGCUUAACCGUCCUGUUUUCUUAGCUUUUUUCCUCUCUCUUUCUUUCUUCUGUGGCUUGUCCUUUGAUUGAUCGGUAGAUGGGGUAGCAGUAGCACGACAGUUUGCCAUUCUUUCAGACUGUGAAAAACAGAGCAAGAGAGAGAGAGCUUUUUCCCCUUUCUCUACUUUCUCCUCUUCUUCUUUGGUUUUUCUUGUUGUUCUUCAAUCUUUGGCAUUUUAGACUGAGACCCAUUUUUUCAAUUUGGAUGACGCUUUACGAAGAGAAUCCAGGGGAGUCUCGCAAAGGUUUGGAAGGUGAGGAUCUGUAUGAAGAACUGUGGAAGGCAUGUGCAGGACCUCUUGUUGAAGUUCCUGUCGAUGGAGAAAGGGUUUUUUACUUCCCUCAGGGUCAUAUGGAACAAUUGGAAGAGUCCACAAAUCAGGAGCUUAAUCACCAAAUCCCUCAUUUUGAUCUCCCUCCCAAGAUCCUAUGUCGUGUUGUUAACAUUCGUUUGCUGGCUGAAAAGGAAACGGAUGAAGUCUAUGCUCAAAUCACUUUAUACCCAGAGGCUGAUCAAAGUGAGCCCCAAAGCGCUGAUCCAGAGCCACCUGAGCGUACAAGGCAAACUGUUCAUUCUUUUUGUAAGAUUUUGACUGCUUCUGAUACUAGCACUCAUGGAGGUUUCUCAGUUCUUAGAAAGCAUGCCACUGAAUGUCUUCCUCCCCUUGAUAUGAGUCAAUCCACCCCAACUCAGGAGUUAGCUGCCAAGGAUCUUCAUGGUUAUGAGUGGAAAUUUAAGCAUAUUUUCAGAGGUCAACCGCGGAGGCAUUUGCUAACUACGGGGUGGAGUACAUUUGUUACAUCAAAACGGCUGGUUGCUGGGGAUGCUUUUGUUUUCUUAAGGGGUGACAAUGGAGAACUGAGGGUUGGCGUUCGGCGGCAGGCUCGGCAGCAGAGCUUGAUGCCUUCCUCUGUGAUAUCUAGCCACAGUAUGCAUCUUGGAGUUCUUGCCACUGCUUCUCAUGCUGUUCGUACCCAGACCUAUUUCGUUGUGUAUUACAAACCGAGAACUAGCCAAUUCAUCAUCAGCUUAAACAAAUACUUGGAGACUGUUAAAAAUGGUUAUGAAGUGGGGAUGCGCUUCAAGAUGAGAUUUGAAGGAGAAGAAUCACCAGAGAGAAGGUUCACUGGAACUAUUGUUGGUGUUGGUGAUAUGUCUCCGCAAUGGUCGGAUUCAAAAUGGCGAUCUCUAAAGAUUCAAUGGGAUGAACCUGCUACGAUUCAAAGGCCCGAGCGAGUUUCUCCAUGGGAGAUCGAACCCUUUGUACCUUCUGCCUCCUUAAACUUCACUCAUCCUGCUAUAAAGAGUAAAAGGGCCCGUCCUGUUGAGAUUCCUCCUCCUGAAGUUACUUCUGGUUCAGCUCCUUCAGGAUUUUGGCUCCAAGGAUCGACGAUUUCUCACGAAAUAUCCCAACUAAGUGGUACGAAUGAAGUUCAAAGCAGCAACAACCGGGUUGUCUGGGCUCUCGGACAGCGAAAACUUGAUAGCAAUAGCAGCCAUUGUAAUCCAGUAGCAAAUGUUGAAGGCAUUUGGCCUUCUCCUCCACUCAAUAUUUCCUUGAACCUUUACCCAGAUUCAACAUUUGAAAGAGAACUUGUUCAACAAAAACAUCCACUAUCCUCUCCUUAUUCUUCAUCUGUCACUUCAAAGCCUAGUAGUGACCUCAUACAGCCCGAUCAAUUGGAGAAAGGGAGUAAACCCGACAUUUCUCUUGGUUGCCGAAUAUUUGGAAUCGAUUUGAAAAAUAACUGUAGCAUUGUCCCUACCUUGGAAAGAAGAUCGUCUUGCCUAAUGAUGGUGACCGAUGGUGCCAAAGAACCUGUAGUUACAGCUGUUGUGACACCUCAAGUCGAUGCGGGAAACCUCUCACAGCCUUCAAAGGAGCAGCAACUCUCAACCGAGCUGUUGACAAAGGGAACACAAACGAAACACAUCUCAAAUCUAUCGUCAAGAACACGUACAAAGGUACAAAUGCAAGGAGUUGCAGUAGGUCGAGCGGUAGACUUGACAACACUUGAAGGGUAUGAAGAUCUGAUAGACGAGCUUGAAAAUGUGUUUGAAAUAAAAGGAGAACUUCGUGGAAUAAACAAAUGGUCUAUCGUUUUCACAGACGACGAAAACGACAUGAUGCUUGUGGGGGACGAUCCAUGGCCAGAGUUUUGUAAGAUGGUGAAGAGGAUCUUCAUAUGUUCAAGUGAAGAAGUAAAGAAGAUGAGUAGGGAGAGCAAGAUUGUUUCUCCAUCAUCCUUAGAUAGCCUGGAUUCAGAGCGAAAGACUGAAUCCUAAUAUUGUGUUGAUGUUGGAGUUUUAUCUUUAAUAAUUUUGGGUUAGUUUAGCAAUGGUAGUAGUAGUAAUCAGCAGUAGUGUGGUGCUGGCAAGUGGUUUUGCUUGGUGCUUUUUUCUUCUUUUAAUAGUUAAUAGAGUAUAUGCUUAUUAUGAUGUAAGCCAAGCAGAAGUGCUUCUUUUGUAGGUGAGGGGCCUUAAAUUGUGCUUCUUACUGCAGUUUCUAACCAUCACACUUCUUAAUUAGUAUGUUUAGCUACAUGUCCUGUAUAAAUUUCCGAAUUUUCUACUAAUUGCUUUCAAUUUUUUUACUAAAUUGGACUUCUUAUAACAUAUAUAGAGUAUUUGAUUGAA